GAGCAUAUGUCGAAACCCUACAAAUUAUGACAAAUAAAGAGAAGAGAGGUGAAACACCAUACAAAAAGACCACGUCACCAGAUAAAAUUAGAAAAACCAAAAAGCUGGACAUCUCCGCUCCUUACGACUUCAGGCACGUGGACCAUGUUGGGUUCAAUUCGGAAUUGAGCAAAACUGGCAUUGUUGCCGACGAAGUUCGGAAGUCCAAGGAAGUAUCGAGUCAGCCUCAGGCCAGUAAGACGUCACCACAUCCGAUUCCACCUGUGAGAAGAUCGCGAAGGUUGAAAAAGCUAGAUAUAUCUAAGCCGUCCGACUUCAGGCACGUGGAUCAUAUUGGGUUCGAAUCAAGCGAUGUGUGCAAAGCCAGUCCUGUUGCCGAAGAAGUAUCAAAGCUCGAGGAGAUAGUUAGCCAUCAGAAGAAGUAUACUACCCAGAAUUUUGGUGCUACUUCCGCACCCAAACAUGUUCGUCAAGGAUCCUCACGGAAUGUUGCAGGUGAACGCUCGAAAAGCUCUGACGCGAAUGCAGGCCGCAUUUCCAAGAGUAGUUCCUUCAAACGUAGCGCUAGCGCUCGAAAUGGAGAGGAAGAUGUGAAACAUGUUAUUAAACAAGCUUCAUGUGAGGAGUUCCCGUCUGUUAAAGCAACUUCCGUCUUGUUCAGUAAAGAGAACACUGCUACUGGAGGAGGCCAGAGCGUUUCUAUUCCGAGUUCAUCAAAGCCAAUGGAAGAGAGUCCGAAUCAAAGGAACAAAGCUCCAGCACCACCAAUAGUCCGACAAAUCAGCACUGAGAAUACCGGUGAUAGUGAUGGCAAAGUCAGGAAACUGCAGGAUAUCUUCAUCCAACGAGCAAACAGUGAAAAAGUGAGAAACUCAGUUCAGAAAGCCCCGUUGUCCCCUCCCGUAACUCCCAUAAACGAACAACAGCCACAGCCGUUCCCUGUUAAACUUGAAGCAAGCAGUAAAGAACAUGUCGUUUCGGUUCCGUCGUCGAGCAAUUUUUAUGAAUCUCAUACCCUACCUGCGCCUACCGAAGAUGAGAAAUUGCCACCAUGGAUGGCAGAGUUGGGAAAGAAGGAGAGAACACGCCUUAUCGCUGCUGUGUUGCUGGCAGAAAGGGAGAAAGUGAAAGACAGAAAUAAAGAAAUAGGAGCAGCGAAAAACGUCAAAGCGGAUGUUUCUCAAAGGGUUCCUAAACGACAAGCUCCGCCGCCGCCAUCAGUUACGAAGGUGGACAAGCUAAACGACAACCCGCGAAGAGAUAAAGGAGACAUAAGUAGCACAACGAUGAUCAGAAACAACGAACUUGUCAAGCAAUUGAAUGAAAAAAUUGACUCUAUCGACGCUAGUCCCCCUGUACCUAAGCCACGGCGAAAGUUGCAGAAACAGCAGCAGCAACAAGGAUACGUUGAAAAUAUAGGCAUGCCUACGCCACUGCUUGACACUCCUGAAAUGAUUAAGAAACGCCUCUUGCUAUCUGAUACCAGGCAGAGUGAGUCGGCACAUGGCCCAAAAGAGCCGAACUCAAACGAAAAAGCGAAGAAAAAAGAAACUGGGGAACAGCAAGCGAAGCAGUCUAACGAGAACCACAAAUGUGAAGAAAACACGGACAGCGACGAUGACGACGCAACCAUUCGACUUUGAUUCUUUUACAAGGUCUGAUUAUUUUUGAAAGUGAGGAAGAAAAUAAACAUGUCUAUU